CCCAACUUCUCUAUAAAAGAUAAAAAGGUGGCUAUAGUUAUUUCCAUGAUCAUGGACACAUGAGAAGGUGAGUGUUCUUCAAAUCCAAUCCUUCCAACACAGGGUUAGUUCAACACUAGCUUAGAGUAGUGUAGAACUUCAAUACCCAUGUCUUGAAAUUUUGAGAAAAGAUAAUUUUCUGUCUGUACUUCUUGUCUUUUGAAUCAUGAUCAAUGGCCCAUGUGAUUGGAGUUCUCUCUUGAUUUUCUUCAUAGAUUUUGAUUUUAUACUCUAGUGCACCACUUCUUUUCUCAUGGUCUUUGAUUUUGUCUAAUUGGAUUUGAUUGAAUUUAGCUUAAAGAUGGGCUAAACAUGUCUUUCGAAUCAUGAUCAAUGGUCCAUUUGAUUGGAGUUCUCUCAUGAUUUUCUUCUUAGUCAUUGAUUUUCUCCACAUGGGUCUGUUUCAGUUUCAUGAACGGAUUCUCUAAUGCACCACCACAUCUUUUCUCAUGGUCUUUGAUUUUGUGUACUUGGGUUUGAUUCAGUUUAGCUUAAACAUGGACUAACGUGUCUUUUGAGUCAUGAUCAAUGGCCCAUUUGAUUGGAUUUCCCUCAUGAUUUCAGUCAUAGUCAUUGAUUUUCUCCACUUGGAUUUGGUGCAAUUUUAUGAAUUGAUAUUCUGAUGUGUUUGCAUUGAAUUUCUUCCCCCCUUUUCUUCUUCUUUGAUUUUCUAUGGUUGGGUCUGGUUUGAAUUUCUUGAAUGGAUAGCCAAACUUCCACAUCACGUGAUUGAAUUUGCUUACGUUUCUCUUGAAAAUUUCCAUGUCCAUAUCAAAGAAAUACCAUAUAUUUCUUAACAUAUCUUUUCUCUUUAUAAUCCUAUCUUGUUUUCUGUUGAAUACUACAACUACUACCCAUCUAGGCCGUUCUUCAAUCUCUCAUUUUCUCUCUUCUUCACAUCCCUUCAAUUGCACAAAUGAAUGUUGUGGUGGCCCACAUGGACUUAAAGGCCACAAACCCAACUACUCACACCUCAGAUCAGAAGACCUAUAUGGGCCCCAAGGUUACAUUGACUAUCUUUACAUUUUCUAUUGCAUUUGUGGGAAAUGGCCUGUUUUGGGCUAUCUUCUUCUCUCCCUCUGGCUUCUCGUGCUGUUCUAUCUGUUGGGGAACACAGCUUCUGUGUACUUUUGUUCUUCUUUGGAGAGCUUAUCAAGUAUCUUGAAUCUCUCUCCUACAAUGGCUGGUGUCACACUCCUUUCGCUGGGGAACGGCGCGCCGGAUGUCUUGUCUAGUAUUGUGUCGUUCAUGGGGCCAGGGUCCACCGGCGACGUGGGCCUCAACAGCGUCCUAGGUGGGGCUUUCUUUGUAUCCAGCGUCAUCGUGGGGAUCAUAAGCAUUCUGGUGGCCCCACGUGGGAUUUCUAUUGAGAAACGCAGUUUUGUGAGAGAUGUUUGCUUCUUCAUCAUCGCACUUUCUUCUCUGCUCGUGACAUUGAUCAUUGGACGGGUGGUAAUUUGGGGCGCAGUCGCUUUCACUUCAAUAUACAUUGUUUAUGUGGUCGUCGUCUAUGCAAUGGAUUUACGAAGGAUGGAAGAUGUCGAGACCGCCCCCGUCAAUGUCGAUUCUCUCUUUCCCACAGAUGGAAACUUCUUCCAUUGUGGGUCUCCUGAAUUGGGUUAUUUGAGCACGCCGCUUUUGGCUGAUACUGAUAAAGAACCCAAUUUGACACCGAGGGAGGCCAGUGAAAGCGACGGCGAUCGGAGAGUUAUAACAAGGUGUUUUGUCUUCAAUUCAUACUACUUUGGUUGUUUUCUCAGAUUUAUGGAGCUGCCUCUGUAUCUACCAAGGAGACUGACUAUUCCUGUAGUGUGUGAGGAGAGAUGGUCUAAGCCAUUUGCAGUUAUUUCAGUUACAUUGGCGCCAGUUCUGCUUGCAGCCCUUUGGAAUUCCCAAACGGCAGACAUGGGCCUCAAAGCAGGCCUCCUGAUCUAUCUGACUGGUGGAUUGGUUGGAAUGCUUCUUGGGGUCCUUGCAUUUUUUACCACUGAUAGGUGUGGCCCACCAAAGAGAUUCCUGUUAGUUUGGCUUGCUGGUGGUUUUCUGAUGAGUGUGAUCUGGACUUACAUCAUAGCCGUUGAAUUGGUAGCUUUGAUGGCUUCAAUUGGAGAUGUACUUGGGAUUAGUCCUUCAAUCCUAGGACUGACUGUCCUUGCUUGGGGCAACUCGGUUGGGGACCUGAUUGCCAACGUGGCGAUGUCUUUAAAAGAUGGGCCUGAUGGGGCCCAGAUCGCCAUCUCUGGGUGCUAUGCAGGGCCUAUCUUCAACACAUUAGUGGGCCUCGGCCUGUCUUUGAUUUUCUCGUCCUGGCGUGCAUACCCGUCUUCGAUUCCACUCUCUAAAGACACGUCACUCUUCAUGACGGUCGGGUUUUUGGUCGGCGGACUGCUGUGGGCCGUCGUUGUUCUGCCGAAGAGGGGUAUGAAACUCGAUCGGGUGUUGGGUAGUGGGCUGUUGGCUAUUUACUUCUGCUUCCUCUCUCUCAGGCUGGGCCAGAAUAUUUGGGCCCCAUUAACCAACUUUUGAUCUGGACUGUAGGUUUGCGGCCCUCUUCAUUAACUGGCUAAUCGAUUCCGUGGAUCGCCUUCUUGUUGGGUCCCACUCAUAUGACACAGAAUAGUAGAAUGGCCUGUAAUCCUUUUUAAAUAGAGAGUUGUGAUCAUAGCAUGGGAAGUGCUGCGGCUUUCUCUGAAAAGCUCCAGCGAAACACAAUGCCUUAUUUUUUGGGCUACGAUUCGCACUUCCGCUGAUAUGAAAAUAUCAGCUGAUGUAAUAGAUGCAUAAAUGAUUCAUCUGUCAUAUCUACUGAGAAGUAAAAGCUAGAGCAUGUUCCCAGCCAUGUCCACAUGAGGUUGCUAUUGACAGUGGCGGAUGAUGGUUUUUUUUUUUUUUCUUUUACAUUAUGAAUGGUUUGUAAAUGGACUAAUUGGCUUGUAUACAUAUAAGUAUAUUCCUUCUUAUUUGUCAAAUAAAUGGAACUGGGAUCUAGCACAAA